AUGUCUAAUACAUUGCCAGUAACUGAAUUUCUUCUAUCCAAAUACUACGAACUUUCUAAUACUCCUGCCACAGACUCAUCGUCGUUCUUCAAAUGGCUAUACCACAAGACUCUAUCCCGUAAACAGCUGCUCAUAUCUGACCUGUCCUCCCAGAAAAAACACGCUAUCUCUUACGAUCAAUGGAAUGACAUAGCGUUGCGAUUAGAUGACCUGACGGGCCUUUCUGAGUGGAAAACAAUCAACGAAUCCUCGUUGUAUAACUAUAAGCUGCUGCAAGACUUGACCCUCCGCAUGCGCCAUUUGAGAAACACUCAUGAUUAUCACCGCCUGCUCUAUCUUAUUAGAACUAAGUGGGUCCGUAAUCUUGGCAACAUGAAUAACGUUAAUCUUUACAGGCACUCGCAUACUGGCACGAAACAAAUUAUACACGACUAUCUAGAAGAGUCUCAAGCGGUACUCACCGCACUCAUCCAUCAGUCAUAUAUGAAUGACCACUAUCUCCUGGGUAUCUUGCAACAAACAAGAAGAAACAUAGGCCGCACGGCUCUCGUGCUUAGUGGCGGCAGCACCUUCGGGCUUUUCCAUAUCGGUGUUCUUGCCGCCCUUUUUGAAUCAGACCUAAUGCCUAGAGUUAUUAGCGGUAGCAGUGCUGGCGCCAUCGUCGCCAGCAUAUUUUGUGUCCACACGACUCAGGAAAUUCCCUCCUUGUUGACCAAUAUACUUAAUAUGGAAUUUAAUAUCUUCAACGAUGACAAUUCCAAAUCCCCCAACGAAAACUUACUAAUCAAGAUAUCGAGAUUCUGCCAAAAUGGUACCUGGUUCAAUAACCAACCUUUAAUUAACACGAUGCUUUCGUUUUUGGGAAACUUGACCUUUAGGGAAGCCUACAAUAAGACGGGCAAAAUCUUGAAUGUCACAGUCUCUCCUGCAUCCAUAUACGAACAACCAAAACUACUAAACAACCUUACUGCUCCAAACGUUCUCAUCUGGUCCGCUGUAUGCGCAUCUUGCUCGCUGCCUGGAGUUUUCCCCUCCACACCAUUAUUCGAGAAAGACCCUCACACAGGUAAAAUUAAAGAAUGGGGGGCAACCAAUUUACAUCUAUCGAACAUGAAAUUCAUGGAUGGAUCUGUAGAUAAUGACAUGCCCAUUUCUCGUCUUUCAGAAAUGUUCAAUGUCGACCACAUUAUCGCAUGCCAGGUGAAUAUACAUGUGUUCCCGCUUUUGAAAUUUUCAAACACUUGUGUUGGAGGUGAAAUUGAAAAGGAAAUUACCGCUCGUUUCAGAAACCAAGUAACAAAGAUUUUCAAAUUUUUUUCCAACGAAACUAUUCAUUUCUUAGACAUUUUAAAGGAGUUUGAGUUCCAUCCAUAUUUAAUGACGAAAUUGAAACACCUUUUCUUACAACAAUAUUCCGGUAAUGUCACUAUCUUACCCGAUCUAUCGAUGGUUGGCCAAUUCCACGAAGUAUUAAAGAACCCAUCCCAACUUUUCUUGUUGCACCAAACUACUUUAGGCGCAAGAGCUACUUGGCCGAAAUUAUCCAUGAUUCAAAAUAACUGUGGCCAAGAAUUCGCUCUGGAUAAGGCCAUCACUUUUCUAAAGGAGAAAAUUAUCAUCUCUUCCUCAAUAAAAAACCCUUUACAAUUUUAUCAGCCUCGAUUCAGUGAGCAAAUCAAGUCUUUGUCCAUAAUGGAUGCUGACUUGCCGGGAGUUGACUUGGAAGAAUCCUCCUCCAAUUCGUUAUCAAUCAUCAAGUCCCCCAAUAAAACAGCGGUGAGAUUUCCUCUUCAGACACUACCUUCCCCAUCUUCUGCCUUCAACAAGAGAAAAGUGGAGUUUUUGUCACCUUCUCCGUCUCCUUCCAUAUCGCCACAACGUUCAAAGUCCUCAUCGAUACAGGGUACAAGGCAAAAGGCAAAUUCUUUGUCGUUCGCCAUUGGCGCGUCUAAUUUACGAUUAAAGAAAUCUCCAUUGAAGAUACCAUCACGCCCUCCAUUCAAGAAAAGAUCUUCUUAUUAUAAUCAAAAUAUGUCGACAGAGAUGAGGAGAAAUAGAAAAAAAUCUGGAACAAUUUCCUCUUAUGAUGUUCAAACAAACUCAGAAGAUUUCCCUAUACCAGCCAUUGAAAACGGUUCAUUUGAUAACACUUUAUUCAAUCCAAGUAAGUUCCCCAUGGAGGCUAUGUCGGCAGCCACAAACGAUAAUUUCAUGAACAAUUCAGACAUUUUCCAAAACUAA